AUGGGAGAAAGAAGUCCGCAGAUUCAAGAAAAUAUGGCAGAAAGGCCUAAAGAAUAUGAAGAAGUUAUGGCAACACCAGAUGUUCAUAGAGUGGCGAUGGAAUUCCAGAGGGCUGAAGAGAAUUACGAAAAAUAUGCGGCGAAUCUUGAAGAGAAGCCGAACAAGGGUGAAGUUCUGUGUUGGUAUUUAUAUGGACUGUGUUCGUAUUUUGUUCAUACUGUUCUGAUUCCAAUUGUGUUCCCCCUCAUCAUCAGCCAAACCGUGUCCAUGCCACAUGAGCCUCAACGAGGUUGGUUGAAGAGCUAUAGGGAUUUGAAGUGCAGGAAGAAUGAAAUGCAACUAUAUGAAGGACUAAUACAACGGUCCAUCAGCGUCAGUAACAAGAGUUUCUCCCCAUUAGAGUGGACUUCGAUUUCAUGGUUUACAGGACUCAUUCUUUCCGCACCUUUACUUGCCGUUGUCUCACUUCACCUUGAUUAUGACACAAACCCGCAACUAAUACCCGGGGUAGCAACAGGUCUUGGAGUCAUCUUCUGCCUGCCUGCAGGAUUCUUCCGAAAGUCAUGGAUACUUACAGUAUACAUAGCCAUUAUUGUAGCGGCUAACACUAUUGGUGCAGCCUACCAUGCCCGCCACCUCGGCCUAAUGAUCAGAGGAUUCCUCGGUUCGACCAUAACUAAAACCCGUUUCCCAGAUAGGAGAGUUUUUGGUAGUUAUCUAUCCCUUUACAGCACCUCAGCUGGGUGCUUGGGUGCUGCCAUUAUAUCUUCAUUCACGUACCAUAUGCUUGGAAGGGAUGAUCACUUCACUGCCUUAUGGGUUGUGUCGAUUUUCAGUGGCCUAAUAUGGGGUGUCGGAUUGGUUCACAUUUUCAGUGCUAAUAGGCCUAGUGCAAGAGCCUUUUCAUCAUCAAAUUCUGUACCAAAAGUCCAUGCCUUGUCAAUUUUCAAGUACCCUUAUGGAGUAGGAAGCCUUGCUGCGGUAUUCCUUUCAUCUUUCUCAACAAUGUGCAUUUUUGCAGGAGGGAUACUUUAUGCAAUUGGCUACCUUUGCCUCGAACCACAUAACGUAUUAUUUCUAUGGUUGACAUAUUUCAUGGUUCCUUUACUUUCCCUUUCACUGCUCCAUCCAUUACAGCAGAUAAUGAAGGCAGAUGCCAUGAAAAUGAAGCUUCUUGGCUUCUUAUUAGCAACGCUUACUUCCGGUUAUGGAUUCUAUUUCCACAAACACAAUUGGCAGAUAAAACAUUUGCUUGUUUUUGCUGCUAUCCAAAGCACUGCAACUGGUCUGCUGCAUGCAUUUGGAAGGCUUCUUUGGUUAGAAUGUUCACCUGCAGGAAAAGAAGGGACCUUUUCAGUAUGGUUUUCGUGGGUGAGAGGAUUAGGCACCUGUGCAGGUUUUGCUAUUGCAACAGCUGCGCCUGGAAACAUUGGAAGGUCGUUUGGCAUAGCAUUUUGGGCUGGGAUUACUGGGAUGGUUAUUUUGAUAUUUGCCAAUAUCACUAGUCUUGGAGCAGCCAAAGCAGCAGGACUUGUGAUAGAAGAUAGCGAGAAAGCUUCGCACUCAUAUGGCUGGGAUAAUGGCAUCGACAUACAGGGCUCAGUUAUAAUAGAUACACCAACUCAAGGGAAGAUUUGA